UGCACGUUGUUUGCUUUGCUCGCGCUGCAGGGGAAUUCGCGGGGAAUUUGGGGCGGGGGUUGGACCCUCCUUUUCUUGGCGGGUAUCGGGCGUGCGGUCCCGAUGCCCGUAAUGUUCGGAGGCAGAGGGCAAGGGCGCCUCGCCCCUCGGCGUCAUGUCUUCGGUGCCGGCGGCUUCCCAUCCGCCGGUUCUAUCCUCAAGCGCCGGGACACGCUACUGCAGCGGGGCGGACGGGACGGGCUCGGCGGGCACCUCCUCCUCGGGUCCCCUAAACACGCUCCUCUUACCAUUUCAGGCCCCAGGAGCCGGAGCUGUCGCGUCCCCCUCCCCCCCACCAACCCCCGCGCCUCGCCGAGCGUGGCAGCCAAUAAAGACCGUUGUUGUGUACCGUGGUCAGUGUGUCCGGGUUCUGUGUUCCGCGGCUGUCGCCGGACGUGGUCAUGCGCGCUGAGCCGGGAUCGUAAAGGCGGCCGCGGGUCCCGUGGCACUGCCAGAGCUUCCCCGUGGCCUCGGGAUGGCAGCGCUGCGCCGAGUGCUCCGAGUGGCCACGCGGACGGCGGGGGCGCGCCGCGCCGAGUCGGGCUCCCUGGCCAGUAGCUGUCUGGCCGAUCACCGCCUCUGGGAUCAGCUCCAUGCCCGGCCCCGACCCGCUAACGACCCCACCUUCGACUGGUUCUUUGGCUACGACGAAGCCCAGAGCCUCCUCCUGCCAUUAAUAAAGAGGGCACCGGCAGUGGAAACAACGCGGGUGCUGGAUGUGGGCUGUGGCACCUCAGGCCUGUGCACGGGCCUCUACACCAAGUGCCCACACCCUGUGGACGUGCUCGGGGUGGACUUCUCUCCUGUGGCUGUGGCUCACAUGAACAGCCUUCUGGAAGGUGGCCAAGGUCAAACAUUGUGUCCUGGGCACCCUGCUUCCCGCCUCCGCUUCAUGCAGGCAGAUGCCCAGAACCUGAAGUCAGUGGCGACUUCCGGCUUCUUCCACUUAGUGCUGGAUAAAGGCACCUGGGAUGCCGUAAUCCGGGGUGGUCUGCCUGGAGCUCACCGGCUACUGUCAGAAUGCUUGAGGGUUCUAAGCCCCCAGGGAACCCUGAUUCAGUUUUCCGAUGAGGACCCUGACGUUCGGAUGCCUUGUCUGGAGCAAGGCUCCCGGGGCUGGACUAUUUCUGUGCAGGAGCUUGGCCCCUUUCGAGGCAUCAGCUACUUUGCUUACUUGUUUCAAGGUCAGCAUUAAGGGUUAGAUGGUGGUAGAGGAAAAGGAGAUGCUUGGACACCCUGGGUUUGAUCCAGGCACCAAAAAUAAAGAUCCUUAUUUUAGAGGCCAAAGAAAUAGAGCGCUGGCCUUCUAAGACAACCCAGGUUCUAUCCCUCGCAUCCCAUAUGGUCCCCUGAGAACUACCAGAAGUGAUUCCUGCCUGAAUGCAGAGCCAGGAGUAAAUCCUGAGCAUCGCAGGGUGUGGCCAAAAAUUUUAAAUAAAGACUUGAUUAAAAUGACUAC